GUUUGAUGAAGUAAAGGAGGGAGAUGUGGUAAGGCAUGAUGGGAAGAGAUCCGAUGGUUACCUGGAGCACAUUUUUAAACACGCUGCAAAGGAGCUUUUUGGCAUGGAUGUCAAGGAAAUCACCUACAAAGCAUUAAAGAACAAGGACUUUCAAGAAGUUACCCUUGAAAAGGAUGGUGAGACAGUGUUGCGUUUUGCAGCAGCUUAUGGCUUUAGAAAUAUCCAAAACAUGGUUCUGAAGUUGAAAAAAGGAAAGUUUUUAUACCAUUUUGUAGAAGUCCUUGCCUGCCCAGGAGGAUGCCUAAAUGGAAAAGGCCAGGCACAAACUGAAGAUGGAAAACCAGAUAAAGCACUGCUUCACCAGAUGGAAGAAGUGUAUGCUGCAAUACCUGUUAGACUUCCAGAAACCAACGUGCACGUACAAAAGAUGUACCAGGACUGGCUGGAAGGCAUGGACUCUAAGAAGGUCCAGGAAACUUUGCACACCAAAUACAGUACAGUAAAUCAAACAGCAAGCAAUUUGGAUAUUAAGUGGUAAUAAAUCAAACUGGCAAAAGAUUUGCUUAGGUUAGUUACAGAUUCAGCACUGGAAACAUUCUAUGCAAUCGCAGAUGCUAUGCACUAGCCGAGUGUAUGAAUGAGACGCUUCCUAAUUGCAGAUUAUUAUUUGUGAAGAACAAUUGCUUUUUAAAAACAGAAAGUGUCCGAAAGCCCUGGAUCCUGCCAUUGUCAUUUAACUUUUACUGUGUAUAAUCUCCUGCAUAUAAGGGAUUUAUUUACUCAAAAAUGUCAUCUUGCAAGGUACAUAAGCACCUUCUGCCUGUGGCAG